ACAUAACUACUAGGAAAAACCACGACGAAAGAUGACGUCUAAGGGCAUCUCACGCAUCAUGCAGGGUGUGCUGCGCUACCAGAGCACGCGGCGGGCGGACGUCGCUCGCGACGUGCGCGCCCUCCGUGAGAACCCGGGCCACAUACACCCAGAGGCACUCUACAUCACGUGCAUGGACAGCCGGCUGCAGCCGUCGAUGACGACGCAGACGCACGUCGGUGACAUGUACGUGAUCCGUAACUCGGGCAACCUCGUGCCGCACAGCGACCACUGCGGCGAGGACCUGUGGAAGCAUCCGAGCUGCGAGACGGCGGCACUCGACCUCUGCUGCGUGCGCUCGAACGUCGGCAACGUCAUCGUGACGGGCCACUCCGACUGCAAGGCGAUGAAUGCACUCUACGACGUCGUGAGCACGGUCGCUGCGGGCGAGCGCGAGGGCCCGCUGCACACCUACCUGCGCAGCUACGCGGUGCCGACGAUCAUGAAGAUGCAGCAGCUGCUGCGCUCGCCCAACAUGGAGGGCCCACUCGAGUUUUCCGUGACGCCACGGCACCGCAGCUUCCGUGCGUUCAUCGACCCUGAGCACGAGCUGAGCGAGAUGGACAAGCUGUCGCAGGUGAACGUGCUGCAACAGAUGGAGAACAUCUCGAGUCUCAGCUUCCUGCAGACGCACCUGGGUGACGAGCUCGUUAACCUGCACGCGUGGUGGUUCAACCUGACGACGGGUGAAUACCACAUGUUCAGCCCGCGCGACGAGCGAUUCAUCAAGCUCACCGAGGAGAGCGCGGCGGCCAUGCUGGGAAUUGUUGGGAAGGAAUAGAGACUACUCCGCCUGUGCACUGGGUCACCCUAAAGUGGAGUAGUGAUUCUACCUGAAUGCUGGAUCUUCUCAAGAGUGUGGAUUCGACUUGCAUGCUGGACCUCAAUAUGAGUAGAGUAGCG